UCAACCUUUGCACAACAUCUCUCCAUUUUACAGAGAAAGCAAAAAAAAAAAAGAAAGGCUGAUGUGAAACGUGAGAGCAGACAGACAACAGGUGAACUCGCAGAAGCUAGAAGAAACCACAGACAGGUGAUCAGCCUCAAUUGACCAGAGCCAGAGGACGCGGGCUCAUACUUCCACUCAUAGGAUGACAAUGCUGCCACCACCUUUAACUUGUUGCUGAACCAACCCUGUCACUCAACCUCACCAUCUAGUGGAGCUUUAAAGGUUUAAUUCCCUACUGGUCAGCAGAAAUCUUCCAGACAACUACCUCCCUCAUCUGGGGAGAUGCCUGCCCUGCAACAUUUCCCUCUGAUCCCAUUUGUUUUUUACCUGCUGAAGACAGUGCAGCAGUAAGCAGCUUUGUUGCACAUUCCCAAACACCGGUUGGAGAAGGAAUUAAAACCUCUUCUCCAGGCAUAACAUUGGCAGGUCACGAAAAACUGUUCUUUGACUGACAAUAUCCAUGGCUUCAUGCUAGAGUCGAUGGUGCCCCAAAGCAAGAGCAUCCAACAAGAAGGAAAUUGAGUCGCAGAGGAGAAGUCAUUCCCCAAAAGAGACUGAAACAAACAAGAGCAAAGCCAGAUGGAACCAUCAUCAAAUAGCAUGCUCUCUACAGCUACACCAACAGCAACACAAAACGUCACGCUGGCAACCCAGACACCAAAAUAUAAAUCUCACAACUGGGAGUUCCUGGUGGCUGUCCUGGCCACAGCUAUCUCCAUCUCCAUUCUUAUCGCCCUUCUAGCUAAAUGCCAGGUGGUCCGGCGCUACCUGGCCAGCUACAGGCACACGCGGCUGACGGAGACAGACACUGUCAGCCAGUGUGACCCCUCAGGCCUGGAGGUGGAAUUCGCCAUGCACAGGGGCCGUGGAAUCAACCCCCACUGUAUCCCUCCCGUGAGCGAGGAAGACGACGACGGCUUCAUCGAGGACAACUACAUCCCGGCCAGUGAGAGAGCAAGGGCUGAAAGAGCAGCGGAGAACAUGGAGGACACGGAGGACACGGAGGAAGAGAUGGAUGAAAUUGAAUUUGCCAUCACUUAGCGGGACUGUCUCUACACCUCCUCAGCUAUGUAAACCCCUGACAAAACUAUUCCACUCCCACCUUUUCUUUAUUUGUGAGUAAGAUUCGUAUCGUCUAUCACAGAAUGGGUGAAAAGGGUUAGGAAAGCAUACACAUGUUAAUAGCAGUGAUCAAGAGUGUCAUUUUAAGACUUAAUGCAAGGUACAUUAUUAAGUCAGCAGUUCUCCAGGUCCCCCAAAAAAUAUAAAGAUAAGUCAUUUUUUCUAAUUUGUCAGUACACUGACAGCAGUAACAGUCGCAGUCAUAAUAAUAGUUUUUUUUUGUUGUGAUAUUUUGUCGUGAAUCAUCUUUUUUUUUUUUUGUGAAAAGGAGGUCAAGGGGUCGUUUGUAAAUAUGGACAUAAACCAAUUAUCUUUGUAUCUGUUGAUCAGUGUUGUAUUGGUUGGUUGAUUGAUUGACAUCAAAGAUUAUGAAAAAGAAAUGUGUAUGAUUUAUACAAAUAACCACAGUUGUGCUGAAUACAAACAGGAGCAUUUCACUUUGCAUUGCCAUCUCCUGUCAGUGACGCAUAAGCAAAGGUAUAGAUAAGUGUAUGACAUGAUUGAAGAUCAAUUUGGCAUUUAGUUGAAAGCCUGUUCAACUGUUCUCACAUUGUAUAAAGUGCUCUGAGCAGCAACGGAGCGACACAAGGAUACUGUGAUGCUCUGCAACAUGCUGCCCAUCGUUCCCUCAUAAGUGAGCUUUCAGGCAGAUCACUUCAUAGCGUUACCACAGAAAAGCUAAAUUCAUUUGAUAUCUCUAAAAUUGGGUUGUUACAGCAUCAGUGUACAUUGUGAUUUUUUUUGUUUGUGCUAGAAAGUACAACGUGCCGUUUGAAAAAAAAGACACAACUACUGCUACAUAAAAAAAGUAGGCUGGCUCAAAUAUAGUAAAAGCAUUAGCCUGCUUGUAACUAGUUACUCUCCACUUGGCUGCUAUUUUUGGAAUGAUAAUGAUUGGAGCUGUAUGCAUUCAGUACUUCAUGCACACUUCAUAGGCCUCACAUGGUUUGGUCAGGAAAUUGUAAACGGUGUGACCUCAAUAAAAUCUAGAAACAGUGUC